CUCCCAAAACGACGCCGUUCACCCCCUGACCCUCUCCCGUCGUCUCUAUCCCACCAGUAAACUAAACCAUUAAAACACAGAAAGCUCAAACCCAAAACCACACCCUUUAUCCAAUCCAAACAUUGAAAAUUCUUGAUACAAUACAAAUCACAGACACCCCCAUACUCCACCAUCAUCUCACUUCGAUAAUUCCAAUACAAUACUCCAUCGCUUUGCCUUGAAGACUACGUGACGCAGCUCCUCAAGCCACCCCCCAUAAAACACUCUUUAUUUUAGUCCCACAAAUCUCCGUACACGCUACAGAAGUCUCUCAGAGCCUUUCUUACUCUUCUGGGUCUUCAAGCAAUAUGGCUUCUUUAACCCCAAUAUCCCAAUCCCAGUCCCUCUUCAACAAACCCCAGCUCAAGUUCAAACUACCGUCGUCAGAUUUCUUGCCCAAAAGUUUCACGGUCUCGUUUUCCAAGAUGAACCCCACUAUGCCCAUGAAGUCCGCCGCCGGAGUGGUGUCGGCGACGACGGCGGAGAUGCCGCCGAAGAAGAGGUACCCGGGAGAGGGGAAGGGGUUUGUGGAGGAGAUGAGAUUUGUGGCGAUGAAGCUGCACACGAGAGACCAGGCUAAGGAGGGUGAGAAGGAGGUGAAGGAGCCUCAGGAGAAGGCGGUGGCUAAGUGGGACCCAACGGUGGAGGGGUACUUGAAGUUUCUGGUGGAUAGCAAGCUGGUGUAUGAUACGCUUGAAGGGAUUGUUGACAGGGCUCCCUUCCCUUCUUAUGCUGAGUUUAGAGAUACUGGAUUGGAAAGGUCUGAAAAGUUGGCCAAAGAUUUGGAGUGGUUCAAGGAGCAAGGUCAUGCUAUACCAGAACCUUCUGCUCCUGGUAUCACCUAUGCUGAAUAUCUCAAGGAAUUGUCAGAGAAGGAUCCUCAAGCAUUUCUCUGCCACUUCUACAAUAUAUACUUUGCUCAUUCAGCCGGUGGUCGAAUGAUUGGGAAAAAGGUGGCUGAAAUGAUCCUCGACAAGAAAGAUUUAGAAUUCUAUAAAUGGGAUGGUGAACUUUCCCAAUUGUUGCAGAACGUAAGGGAGAAAUUGAACAAAGUUGCGGAGAGCUGGACGAGGGAGGAAAAGAACCAUUGCUUGGAAGAAACUGAGAAAUCAUUCAAACAUUCAGGAGAAAUUCUCCGUCUAAUAUUGUCAUGAUAGCGUUGUUGUUGCUGCUGCUGCUGCUGCUGUUGUGAUAUUGUGUUUCUAUUAGCGCACACUAGAUGUUGUAAGCCUUGACCUUGGAGACAUCGGAUAAGUUACGUUGCUAUAGAAAAACAAUUGUUCAUUAUGUAAAUACGAUCCUAUCACGCCUUUAUAUUUAUGAAAUCCAUUUUCUUUUUUUAUCUU